GGGCGGCUGAGAGAAGUCAGCUUACUGACGUAGUGUUGCUGCUCAUGUUCAGUGGUUGGAUGUGACUUCAAGCGGAGAGGAGUGUAGCAGUGAAUGGACCACACCUCUUAAUGCCUUCAGAAGAACAUGACGCCAAAGUGCUGGAUAACGUGGGUUUUGCUCUCAGGCCUUCUGUGGAAUUUAUCUGCUUCCAAAGGAAAACAGAAUAUUGACAAAGAGCUGAGAGAUUGUAUGAAGAAUCAUACGAAAAUAUUUUUUAUUGCUGACACCUUCAACCUAUUCACCACUGCAUCAAACCAAACUAAGGUAGAUUGUGGACGGUCCGGAGACCAAGCAGCGUGUAGAAAAGCUUGCAUCCUAUUUAUGAAGGAAAAUGCUACUGUGGACAAAAUCUCGCAAAACUCGUUGCCUCAAAUGGGGAAAAAAGUUUCUUCUCAUCUGCUGCACCUGUCAAAGUGGUACACUGAAAAUAAUCAUACGGUGUAUGUCGUGAGUGGGAAGAACUGCUGCUCAACAAUAUCCAACUUCACAGCCUCCAACUACCCUGAAAAAGGUUGUGAAGAAAUGUCAGACUAUGUCUUCAACCACACUGACAAAGGACCUUGCCGGGUUAGACGUGUCUGCGCCAAAAAGCUAUGUCAUGACGCUGUUUAUAUUGAAACACAGUGCAAGGCCAUUGGGAUCAAAGACAAGUACAUCAUCAACGUAACAGCAACAAACAACAACUGUUACCACUGUAAACCCCCCACAGAACAGCCAAAAAAAGAAAUCGUAGUGAACCUUACAGCUUCGACUGAUGAAGGAACAACGGACCCAGCCGCAGCUAGUAAAACCAUGGAAAAAAUGGACGGAAUAGCCUCCUCCAUGAGCGAAUCUUCAGCAGCCUUGUCUGCAGGAGAAGGAGUCGAGGGCUUGAUCAUGAAGAUCACAGAGACUGAAGUUGUCUCCAUUGCUUAUGAUUCUCCAAAAGACAGCUUGAGUAUUAUCAGUGACAACACUUACCUGCAGAGCUUUUCGAGAUCGGUCUCGGUGUCAAAAGAAGCUAUUGAUAAAGCUCGCAACGCGAACCUCACUGUCCCGUUCAUAGCUGUUAUCAGAUUCACUAAUCUGGCUCAGGAUAAGAAGCACAGCACUGUCUUUGGUAAUGAGGUUUUAGGGGUGGAAAUGGGGACCAUGGUCGCCAACCUCACAGAGAGCAUAGGCAUCAAUUUUCGCAACGUGACCUACAGCGGAAUUCCAUCUUGUCAAUCAUGGAACGGUAAAGGCAAUCUACCAAACUGGACCGAUGAAGGGUGUUGGACGCAGGCGAAUGGAACCGACAUCACAUGCCAGUGUUCACAUUUGACGUUUUUCGCCAUCUUGUUGGCUCCCCUGAAUGAAACCAUCUCUAGUACUGAUCUGAAAAACCUCACCAUCAUCACUAAAGUCGGCUGCGGCUUGUCCAUGUUCUUCCUCUGCAUCGUCCUCUUCAUGCACUUUCUUAUAAGGAGGACCAAGGCCACUGACUCCACAAAGAUCCUGAUCCACCUGGUGUCAGCCAUGUGCCUGCUCAACCUCCUGUUCCUGAUCAACAGCUCGGUGGCCGAUAUGAAUAGCUCUGUGGGUUGUAAGAUCGUGGCGUCGCUCAUGCACUACUUCAUGUUGACCACCUUCACUUGGUUCGCUGUGCAGGCCUUCCACCUCUGCCUGCAGUUGCACACAGGGGGCAACAUUGUGAUCAAUCGUUACAUGCUCAAAGUCUGCAUCGCCAGCUGGGUUAUACCCAGUGUGAUCGUGGUUGUCUUGCUCAUCUUGGGCAAAUAUGGUGAACAAGUCAUAACCACUGAUAACCCUGCAGAAAAUGUGAAAAUGUGCUGGAUAACUGACGGGAACGUCCACUACAUUGUCAACAUCGGCUACUAUGCCAUCGUCUUCCUCUUCACCUUCAGCACCUUCACCAUCAUGGUGUCAUGGCUCUGUAUUCUCAAGAGAACCAAAAAGGACAACGAGCAAGUUAACAAAAGCGGCAUAAGCUUGAUGACUAUCAUGGGACUGUGCUGCAUGCUGGGUGUCACGUGGGGUUUUGCCUUCUUCGCCUACGGUGCCCUCCGGAUUCCCUCCUACUACAUUUUCACCAUCCUCAAUUCUUUUCAAGGUUUCUUCCUUUUCAUCUACUACUACAAAAGCAGAAGCAACAUUGCGCCGAACACCGGCACGAGCGAUAACUCAUCAUCAAACGCCAGUCGAACCACCACUGUCGCAAAUGAUCUGCUCGGACUCGACAACCCCUACUCCAACAUGCCAGGGAAGUAAAAACCUUAGCCUUCAGAGGACGACUGAGGAGUGAUGAAGUCUUCGGCUCCAAGAACAGACUUUGAGCUAGUGCAGGGAAUUAACUGGAGAGUGUACGGAUGUGAAACAUAGUGCUGUAAUAACAGGCGUAUAUCCUGACAUUAGUAUAUAGCUUUAAUAGUGCUUUUUUAUUAUUAUCUUAGGAUCACAAUAAGGUUUGGAUUAGAAAUAGAAAGGAUUGUUUCAUGCAAUUUAAUCAAGAAUUCUCAGACUCUUAAAAAAUAUUAUAAAAAAGCUUUAAACCGAUGAAUCGUUUUAUUUAUUUAUAUAUAUAUCCUGCUUUAACCAUACGAAUACCAAGUGGGAAAUCGUAUGUUCUGACUGAAAUAUGAAGAGGGAUGAGGAACGUGAGGAAAUUCUUUCUUUAUUUUUAGUCACUCUUACAUUAAAACACAAAUUAAACAUUAAUAUACACAUGAAGUUUCUCAUACAAACUCAAUUCAAAUGGACAUAUUAUUGUACAUUAUCACAGUAAGAGAGCCUCGGCUUCCAGGAGAGCUUUUUCCAUCUCAGCAGCCUCCAGCGAGAAGUUCUCCCUUUCCUGCAUCAUGUGUUCUCGUGCUUUAGCGAGGUCUGUCAUCGUUGCUUGGAUUUCCUGCAAGAGUGUAGAAGAUGGGACAUUUCAAAAAUACACUGCACACAUCACUAACAUCAUCAUCUCCAACUAAUUGAUCGAGACAGAAAGGGGGAGUGACUUUGUCUCACCUCCAGCCGAGAACGUUGCUGAGACGCGGCGUCACCAAAAGUCCUUAAUUCGCUCAGCAGGUCUGCGGAGACGCUCUGAAAAAGAUGAGUUGAUUUUAUUUUAUUUAUAACAACUGAAAGCCUUUGCAUGUGUGAAAUACAAAUAUAGAUUUAUUAUACAUAUACACAUUACAUAUACACAAAAUAGGCAACUUCUUUCUUUGUCAGGACUUGUAGGGUUAUGAGGUUUGUGUGCAUGUUUAGAAUUUCCUCUGAGUUGCAGGUUGUAGUUAGUGUGGGAGUUUGAUUCAAAUGUACUUUAAUGAUGAAACAUGAAAUAUAUAUAAAACACUGCAUGUAAAAAAAACUUUAUCUACCAUUGCUUCUUUCCGUUGAUCUUCAUUUUGUUGUGCAGCUUCUCCAACGCUUCCUCCUGAAACUGGACAAUAUAUUUACAUCAAUUUCCAUCAGGCAACCAGUAAAACUGGGCAAAAUCCCGUUUUUGAAAUUGGAAAGGAAACAUAUUCACCUGGGUCUAUAUUCGCUGCGACAAGGAGAACAUGGCAGUUCUUCAGGUUUUUCUGUACAUCUGUAUUUUCCUUUUCAAUGUCGCUGAACUGCAGCUCCAACUCAGCGACUCUUUGCUGCAAUAUAACAAGGAGGUAAACAAAGUGACAUAUAUUCAUGUAUAACUUCUUAAGGAUUAAUAUAAGUACUUUAUUUUGUUACCUGUGUCUCUGUGAGGUUUUUCUGAAGCUCCUCAUUAACGGUCAUCAAAUGCUGAUUUUGCUCCUUGAGCUCUGCCUCUUGCCCAUAACGAGUGGAGACUCUAUGGAAGGGUGCAACAUAUUCAGUUGUAAAAAAUGAAGUCCACCUCAUGGUCCGGAUAUGCAAUAUAGUCUGUGACUUACCCUUUGUGAACUUUAGGAACAACGUUUUUCCUGAAAGACAAAAGGGGGGGGGGAAUGUGAUCUAAUAGCUGUGAGGCAAACGUACGGACACAAAAUAAUUCCAGACAGACUGCAGAAGAUGGGCGGUUGUGAAGAUGUGAUUCUGGUGAUGUACCGAUGAUGGUUUUUGAACUCACUUCCAUUAUUUUCCUGCAAAAUCCAUUUGGCAUUUGAAUUUUCUCUAAAAACAUGUUCGUAAAAUGGUAAAUGGAUUCUAUCUGCUGGAAGUGGAGACAGCCAAUCAUCCCUGUGAACUGUAAAUAUAUGUAUCGUGAAUCUAUCUCUCUCUACGAUUUUAAAUUUACUUUUAUUAUUUCAGUUGUAUUUCUCACUCGUUUGACGUGUGUUGUGUGAAGUUCUGUAAAAUUUAGAAAAAAUAAAACACAAAUAAAUACAAA